GACACAAGAUCUGUGACUCCGCCAAACGACCCGACCAACGCGUCGCACUUGGCUGACGUGUCGGGAUCCACGCCUGUUGCCCACAAAUCAUCCACCGCACGCCCCAACUCCUUACAUCCAAUUGGGGGCACCGAGUUUAUGCCCAAGAUUCGUCGUGAUAACGCCUUCGAGAUGGAGCGCAGGAUUGUACAGGUUAGCCUGGAGACGUUUAUGCAGACGUUCGUGCCCGGAGCGGACCUUCCCCCCGAUGCUGUCGUGGAGGACUUCGACCCCGUUCAAUUUAAGGGUAAAGAGGAACCCAUGUACGACGAGCUGUGCAAGGUGGCGAACUCGGUCUUCGACCACGUCCCCAUCAAAGCCGGUGUCCCGAGGCUGGUAGCGAAGAACACGAGCGUCUGGCCCGAUCCUACGGACAAGGGCGACUUUGAGGAGAACACGAAGCCUGACGUGACCGUCUAUCCCGAACACGACGACGCGAAGCGCGCAUAUACGAUCGAGGCGUCAGCACUCAGGGGGAAGUCGGCGAACAGAACCAAACACUGUCGAGAGAAGGAGGCUAGGACGUCGUGGUUGUGGGCAAGCCUUUGUAUCGAAGCGAAGGUUCACACAACCGACUCUCCGUUCGAGGUGCCGGCAGCCAUGAAGAGGGGUAGGGCCGGGAAGACCGGAGCACGUACGGGAGCUACGCCUGACGAAGCAGGGUCGGGACGAUCAGGCCGGGCGAAGGUUUCUACCCCGUCGGCGACUGUCUCUGAGUCUGUCCCAGCAGCAUCGUCGGCUUCUACCCCGGGCCCCGCUGCUCCGGGGGCGAGCAGCACCGCCGCGCCGUCUUUCCUGUGUCUGGACAAUGAGGGCGCCAGGCAGACAAUGGGCCAGAUGUGUCAGCAAGUCUCGAAGAUCCUGCGAAGGCAGUUCCUGUCCUGCCUGUUCACGGUAUUUACCUGUCGUGACUAUGCGUGGCUACUCUACUGGGACCGCGCGGGGCUGGUUGUUUCGAAGCCGUUCAACUUCGUGCAGCAGCCACGCCUCUUCCACAACUUCUUCUAUCGGUUUGCCUGUAUGACCGACAUGCAGAGAGGCUUCGACCCGACGGUGACGCGGGCGACCGAGGAGGACGUUGAGCUGAUGCGCAGCCACAACAAGUUCGACUCUGACUGGCAUGAGGCCCAGUUUAAGGCCUCGUUGGCACCGGGCUGGCCGAUCUACGAGGUCUCCGUUCCUGAAAAACACAUGAUCUCGGCAGAUGAGCUUGAGGCGGGCGAGAAAGCGCAGCGGGACGUUUCCCGGCCGGACAAUGAACGCAAGCCUGAGCGGAAGUUCCUCGUCGGGAAGCCGUACUUCAUGAGUAGCUCGCCCACUGGAGGAGGAACCAGGGGAUAUAUCGCGUAUGACGUCGCCGAACAUCGACUGGUCUUCUUCAAGGAGUAUUGGCGCGUGGACGAGCCGACCUAUCAUCCGGAAGGGGAUGUUUACCUGCGGUUGCAUAAACAUAAGGUGAAGUACAUAGCGACCCCAGUCGCCGCGGGCGACGUUCGCGAUGCGACCGGCGAAGCUCGCUCUACUCGCGCGCAAGACUUCCUCGAAGACUCGCCGCCCAAGCUCAUCCAGUAUCGCAUCUUCUUGGAAGAGAUCGGUAAACCGCUCAAAGAAUACAGGACUUCUCGCGAGUUAGCGGCCGCUAUGUACUGCUGUUUGACAGCGCAUCAACAAGCCUGGGAAAACGCCGAAGUCUUGCACCGUGACAUAAGCAGCGAGAAUCUGCUGCUACUCUGUGUUAUCCACAAAGGCAAGGUUGUUGGAUGGAUCGGUAUAUUGGUCGACUGGGGUUUGUGCAAGUACAAGGAUGAGUUAGUAAUACGGAGUGUGUUGAAGACCCGUUCAGGCACAUGGCAGUUCAUCUCCGCUGUCUUGCUGGCAUUCCCGGGACACUUUACGCACGCAGUGUGGCACGAUCUCGAGUCCUUCAUUCACGUCCUUCAUUGGAUGUGUGCGCGAUUCCAUCAAACAAACUAUUCGGACAACAUGGAAAGAUUGCGCCAGCGCGUCAGCAUCAUCUACGACGCAUCGUACUCAUCGCUCACUGACGGUAUCUUCCGUGGGGGCGACACGAAGCUCGAUAUCAUGCAAACAGGAAAGAUUCCGUUCGAGCUCGUCGGAGGAUCUGCUGGCCUGUCAACGCCUGGUCUGCAUCGGCUCUUGACUGAACUCGCGGAGCUUUACAAGUUGCACUACAAGUGGCUGACGCCUCAGCUGCCGACUCGGACGUCGCAACCGGACGUUGCACUCUCCGUGCCGCCCUCCGUCGAUUCGGAGGAACUCGACCCAGGCCUCAAUCUCAUUCCAGUUCCGGCUGAAGAGUUGACCGGGCCUCUGCUACAAGCGGUGGUUGAAGAAGUACCGAAGAACUCUGUUCUCAAGGAUCACAUGCAGAUUAAGAAGGCAUUCGCGCCAGCGGCGAGUAACGAUCGACAGUGGACUCCAGAUACCAAGGUCGGGGACAACUUCGCCCACUUCAACACGGCCAUGUGUCAACAGAGCAGGGUGUCAAGGGAGUCUGUCAAGAGGUCCGCGGACAAUUCUGUGGAUGACAGACCCGACAAGCGUGUAAGGAGUGACAGCAGCGUGUCUGUGUCGACCACUCCGUUGUUGGGCUCGAUAGUUGAGAAUGUCGAUGGCUGAGGUUGAACGGGGCCGCUUUUCGCGUCGAGGAUUGGGUUGUCAGCUCGGAUAUCCGACGUCCGUAUGUACUCAUAAGUAUCGUGUCAGUUGGUUUUGUCUGUCUGUGUAUACGUAGGAUUGUCAUUUUGUUAGUUGACUAGGCACCGUGUACGUUCGGCAGCAUGCACGUUCGUAAUGUCAAAUGUAUGUGGUUCAUGUGUACUGUGA